AUGGCGCCGCACACCAGUAUCCACGUGCAGUAUGCAUUCAACACGGCCCUUAUAGGAAUCGAGGCACCUGACAAGCCUGAGCACCAGUUCAUACGCUUGUGCGAAGCAUACCCCAUAGAUUCAGCUGAUGUCUUCUAUUUCCGCGAAUACCGCACAGAUUCAAUGACUUCUGUCCAAGAGCGCGGCAGGCUCUGGGUCAAGAACAUUAAGGCCUACAUCGCCCAAGUGUUGAACGAAUCUCUCAAUAACGGCGGCUUUCGACCUGCGAGGUCCACUGAUCGUGCUCAGUGGCCUCGCCGAGUCGCCAAACUUGUCGGCAUCCAGGGUAUGGUCAACCAAUUGGCCAGCACUGGUUCGGAGAAGCUCGUUGACGCGAUUGAGCUUGCUAGUCAAGGAGCCCUGAUCGACCUUGAUGUGGACUUUAACCAAGAAGCUGUCGCCAGCGCGCAGAAGCAGCUUGCAGGGAUGUUCACCACCCUGGGUCAGAGCGGAUACUUGACAGUCGACAUGAUCCUGGGUUACGGCAAGCAUCUCAGAACCCAUCAGACCCCCAUGACGUACCACACACUCAAGGCCAGCCUUAGUCUCUACAUCCAGUACCAGCGAAACCACCCGGACGGUGACACCACCGACGACUGCGAAUCGCACAUGGCAAGCAACAUGAGUCUGUUCCACGUGAACACUAACAGUCCGCCGCCAAAAUUCAAAGAGGUGUCGACAGAUCAGGAGAUGUGGUUGAAAGACCACAUUGAAAUCAUGCAGAACAUUGUCGACUCCCAUCACACCGGCCUGAACACCCUCAUUGACUACUCCUGUGGCACUGCGAGUGGUCCCGACACCAUGGACCAGCUAUGGGAGAACUAUGCGAAUUCACCUGAUACAGAUGCAAUCAAGCAUUUUGCACUGCAAGCUACCCGUUACUUCGCGAAGGCGGUUGCUUUGGAGUCUCUCGAGGUCACGAAGAUUAUGGAAGAGUACAUUGGCACUCUCAAGGAGCAGCUCAAGGAGAUAUCAGACACACAGAUUAUCGCUGAUGACGAUGGCAUGGAUGAGUAA